UAGAUAACUAAAAGACAAAAAUAAAAAAAUGUUAGAAAAGAUUAAAAGGAAAAGAGAAUUAGAUGAAAACAAAAGAUAAAAUAAAAUAGAACAUUAAAUGGAGAGAUGAGUGUGUGUCGGUCAUAAAGAGAGGAAGAGUUAAGUGGAAAGAUAAGUAAAGGGAAAAGAAAAGAAUUAAAAAUAAAAGGAAAUACAAUUGCAUUUGGGACAACCUGCGCCCCACAUGCGUAAAAGUUGAAUGAAGGGCCAAAUGGCCCUUCACUAAUAAAAGGAAGAAAGGCUCCCGAGAGCCUUAUUUCAGAAAAUGGAGAGAGUUCCUCAUUUCUCUUUCCUUAAGGUUUUUACACAAAAUUCAUGAUCUACGAAGAUCUAAUGAUCCGAUCUUCGAUCCGUCUUCAGAAACGUGAUCCCUGCACUUGGAUCUACGUUUCCACCGAUCGUUUUGAGGUAAUAGGUUACUUGGAACUUGCUUGAGACUACCCAAACCAUAGAUUUUGGUUUGGUGAAUUUUGUGAUACAUUGCAAGGUGAUGUCUAGGAGACCUAGUGCUUAAUAUCCGCGCAGCCAGGAGGUAGCAGGACAUGGGACUGAAGAGUUAAAUCUCGAAGGAAAAGUUGUGGUUCCUGGGUUUAUUGAUUCCCACGUGCACUUGAUUUUUGGUGGACUUCAGAUGGUGCGGGUGGAACUCCGGGGUGUAAAUCAGAAAGAUGAGUUCGUGAGAAAGGUCAAGGAAGCGGUGAGAAAUGCAAAAGAAGGUUCGUGGAUUUUGGGUGGUGGAUGGAACAAUGAUCUAUGGGGAGGAGAAUCACCGGCGGCUUCUUGGAUUGAUGAUAUUACACCUUCUAAUCCUGUUUGGUUAUCAAGGAUGGAUGGUCACAUGGGCUUGGCUAAUUCAGUGGCACUAAAGUUAGCUGGCAUUAGUAGUCUAUUGGAAGAUCCUGAAGGUGGAACUAUUAUAAGAACCGCCGGUGGAGAACCUACUGGAUUGCUCGUUGAUUCUGCAAUGAAACUUCUCGUACCCUGGAUUCCAGAGGUCUCUGUAAAUGAAAGGAGGGAAGCUUUGCAUAGAGCCAGCAAUCUUGCCUUGACGAGGGGUGUGACAACAGUUGUUGAUUUUGGGAGAUAUUUUACUGGGGUGUCAGCAGAGCUUUCGUGGGAAGAUUUUUCAGAUGUGUAUCAAUGGGCUGAUACUUCUAGGAAGAUGAUGAUCAGGGUUUGCUUAUUUUUUCCAAUGGAAACAUGGUCACGUUUACUUGAUCUAAUUGAAAAAAUGGGUCAUGCCAUGAGCCAGUGGAUUUACUUGGGUGGUGUAAAGGCUUUUGCUGAUGGGUCUUUGGGUUCUAAUAGCGCACUGUUUUAUGAGCCAUAUGUAGAGGAGCCUCAAAAUUAUGGCCUACUAGUGACAGAAAUUGACAGUCUUUUCAACAUGACUGCAUCAUCGGAUCAAUCAGGCCUUCAGGUUGCUAUUCAUGCUAUAGGUGAUAAAGCAAAUGACUUGAUCCUGGAUAUGUAUGAGUCGGUCAUUUCUACAAAUGGAAUGAGGGAUCGGAGAUUUAGGAUUGAGCAUGCCCAACAUUUGGCACCUGGGUCAGAUGCCCGAUUUGGACAACAAGGGAUUGUUGCUUCAGUUCAGCCAAAGCACUUAUUAGAUGAUGCUGAUUCUGCUAUAAAAAAACUUGGGAUGGAGAGGGCACAAAAGGAAUCUUAUCUAUUUCGGUCACUUUUAGCUGGCAAUGCACAGUUGGCAUUUGGUUCUGACUGGCCUGUUGCAGAUAUUAAUCCUUUAGGUGCUAUACGGACAGCUAUGAAGAGAAUACCUCCUGGUUGGAAUGAUGCUUGGAUUCCUUCAGAGUGCCUUACAUUGAAUGAUGCAUUAAAAGCGCACACAAUUUCAGCGGCUCAUGCAUGCUUUCUUGACGACGAUUUGGGGUCUUUAUCUCCUGGGAAGCUCGCAGAUUUUGUCAUACUAUCUACCGAUUCAUGGGAUGAAUUUGCAGCACAAGGAUCUGCAUCUGUUGAGGCAACAUAUGUUGCUGGCCUACGGGCCUAUCCCUGACCGCCUUUGAGUUUAGUGAUGAGGAACUUAGGUACAGAAAAUAAAUACAAGGGAAUAUGGAAUAGCUCUUGGCUGAUUUUGUUCAUCGUGGAAAGUAAAUUGUGUAUGUCUAGCAAAAAAACAAUCCUUUGGACACAAAGAUGUUUGUAUGAAUUUUAUUUUGAUGUAAAAUAUCGAUGGAUAGAUGUUUUAUGACAAAGACAGAUAUUUGUCAUA